UAUAUAUAGACAGCUCCGAAUCAAACACAAAAUAGACUAAUUUAUUACAAAACUAUUAACUAUGACUACGCUGCGACCAUUUACCUGUGAUGAUCUAUUCAAAUACAAUAAUGUGAAUUUCGAUCCGCUGACAGAAACAUACGGUCUCUCAUUUUAUACACAAUAUUUGGCUAAAUGGCCGGAAUACUUUCAGCUAGCUGAAUCGCCCAGUGGGCACAUAAUGGGUUAUAUUAUGGGCAAGGUUGAGGGACAUAUGGACAAUUGGCAUGGACAUGUAACGGCCCUAACCGUUUCGCCCGAUUACCGGCGAUUGGGUCUGGCAGGGCUGCUAAUGAAUUUUCUAGAGGAUAUAUCAGAGAAAAAACGCGCCUACUUCGUGGAUCUUUUUGUGCGUAAAAGCAAUAAAGUGGCCAUAAAUAUGUAUACAAAUUUAGGCUAUAUUAUAUACCGUACGAUACUAGAGUAUUACUCGGGUGAUCAGGAUGAGGAUGCGUAUGAUAUGCGAAAGGCACUGUCGCGAGAUGUGAAUAAGAAAUCGGUUAUACCUUAUACGCAACCUGUACGAUUGGAAGAUAUAGAUAUGAAUUGAUAUCCACCCACUGCCCGCAUUCGCAUUUAUGUUUAACUCUUAUACUGAUUCAUCGAUCAAUUGCAUUUCGCCUAAAAAUUUCUAGUUCAACAAUGACAACAAAUAGAAAAGCAAACAAAUUGUAUCUAAUCUGAAGUUAUAAGUCCCCACAAAACAAUUUGCUAACUAUCCAAAAUGAAAAACAAAAACAAAAAGCAAACCUCAAAAUUGAAACUCCCCAAAAAUUCCCAGUUGGAUUACAACACAUUUUGCAAUCCAUAAUUGUGUCAAUAAUAUUCCUUAAACGCAUAUAUAUACAUAAUUCUACAUGAUUUUGUUAUCAGUAAAUAAGACUUCUUAAUGCCGAUUACAUAACUAUUACAAAACGAAUGUUCU